AUAAAAUAAUGAAGAAUUAAUUAUUAUUUUUCUAAAACCUAAUCCAAUCAACGUAAUGAAUGAGGAGAAGCUGUGUCAGCCAUGCGAAGAGCCAGUAGUCGACAAAAUAAUACCGUGUCCACUUCAGUGCAUGUCACCUAAAUGCAAGGCUUACAAACGAACGGCGCCUAUAGACACAUCUAAGACACCCAUCGUGUGGGUGCUGGGCGGGCCUGGCUCCGGGAAAGGAACCCAAUGCGAGAAGAUCAUCGCUAAGUACGGAUUCACCCACCUCUCCACUGGAGACCUGCUUCGGGCCGAGGUGAAGAGUGGCUCUGACAGGGCCAAGCAGCUGACGGCUAUCAUGGAGAGGGGUGAACUGGUCCCAAACAACGUCGUGUUGGACCUGUUGAAGGAAGCGAUCCUGGCGAACGCUCCCAACUCGAAGGGGUUCCUCAUCGAUGGCUACCCUCGGGAGAAGGCGCAGGGGCUUGCUUUCGAGCAAGCUAUCGCCCCUGUCAGUGUGAUCCUAUACUUCGAAGCGUCAUCGGAAACGUUGACAAAGCGGCUGCUCGGCCGCGCAGCCAGCUCGGGACGUUCUGAUGAUAACGAGGAGACCAUCAAACUCAGGCUCAAGACCUUCCUGGACAACAACGACCAGGUCUUGGCGCAGUACCCGAACAAAAUCCAAAGGUUAAAUGCCGAACGAUCCGUGGACGUGAUCUUCGCAGACGUGCAGAAGAUCCUGGACCCUCUAGUCAAGUGAACCACAAACCACCACACAUUAGACAAUUUGUAAAUACAUACUUUUUAAUUAAUUUAUAAUGACACUUUGUUAAUAUAAUGUUUUUAUUCUGAUAAGCAAAUUGUGUUAUCUUUUCGUAAUCUUGUUGUUGUCACCAUUGACCAGAUUUUAUUGAUAAUAUAAAGAAAUUAGUGCACCCUGUAAACAGGUUUUAGGGAGUAAAGAUAUAUGAAAAUACGAAGCAUUAACAAAAAACAGGCAAA